CUGGAGAUGAAGCACCUGCCCGGCGCUGACCCUGAGCUUGUGCUCCUCAGCCACCGCUACGAGGAGCUGGAGAGAAUCCCCCUGAGUGACAUGACCCGGGAGGAGAUCAACCAGCUGGUGCAGGAGCUGGGCUUCUACCGCAAGGAGACGCCGGAUGCCCCCGUGCCUGAGGAGUUCCAGUUUGCCCCUGCCAGGCCUCUGCCCACCCUGCCAUUCCACCAAGCUCCCACCGCUGAUGGCAAGAACCCUCCCAAACAUGACGAAGGAGAACACCCAGACCUCUAG